AUGACGAUGAGCGAAGAAGGUUCGUUUAGCGGCUGUAGCAAAGCCCGAUCCGCGUCCAUUUGUGCACCAGGAUGUUCUUCCAUGGAGGCACUCGUCAUGAACAGCCAGUUACCGCCAUCAGGAAGCGGUACACCCGAUACGGGUACCCCAAGCGGAAGACGUAGGAGGCCAGCUGCUCGUUCGCAGGUUUCAUCGAAAUGUAAAAAUCAAAUCAAAUAUUUCGAAUCGUUUUUCUGUUUUUAUUUUUAUUUUACCGCGUUCGAAAUCGUAUCGUAA